UCACACAUUGGGGCAUUUAAACAGUUUGUUACAGCUUGAAACGAUGCAAUUUGAUUUGAUAUACGAGGAAAUAGGGGACUACGGGCGUUAUCAAAGAUGGGUUGUAUGGACCUCAGCGUCAACGGGAUUUUACUCUGGACUUCUUAUACUUACAUCAUAUUUUGUACUGGCUGUUCCGGAACAUAGAUGUGCAAUUCCGGGCUUGGAGAAUGAUACGUUUGAGAUACAAAAUGACUAUCAUCGUGAAAUCGUCAAUAGAACAAUACCCCUGGCGACACCUAGCGACGAUUUCUACUACGAUCAAUGUCACUACAGGCUUGUUAAUUAUGAUGGCCAUGACAUGAUUGACAAAUGUAAUAAAUGGGUCUAUGACAAGUCAAAAUUCACGACGUCUCUUGCUGCUGAUUUAGAUAUGGUUUGUGAUGACACCAUACUGAAGUCCAAUGCACAGAUGGUAAACUUUGCUGGAAUAUUUGUUGGUUCCCUUCUUACUGGCGUUAUUUCAGAUAAAUUUGGACGGAAGCUUACAAUGUGCACGUCGCUUACUCUCAUUUUUGCAUGUUCUCUUGGUAUGGCAUGGAGUCCAAACUAUAUUGUUUUCAUCGUUCUAACAUUCCUUGUUGGGUUUUUCAAUGUUGGACAGUGGAUGCCUUCAUUUGUUAUACGGGUCGAGUUUGUUGGUCCACCAGAAAGACGAUUUGCCGGAUUUUUAGAUUCCUUUUUCGCUUUAUUUGGUCGCGUGGUUCUGACCGGUAUGGCCUUUUACAUACGAGAUUGGAAAACGUUGCUGAUAGUUGCCUCACUCCCAGGAAUCCUCUACUUGCCGUUUUGGUUAAAACAAGUGUUUCCCGAAUCUCCGCGUUGGUUGUUUUCCCGCGGUAAAAUUGAGGAAGGCAAACAAGUAAUAUACCGUUGGGCGAAAUGGAACAAAAUUCAUCUACCUGACAGAUUUUUCGAGAAGGUUCUAGCUGAGAAAGAAGAAGAAAAACAAGAUGAAGGGAAUUUGUGGAAUUUGUUUUCAUCCAAAGUUUUGGCUAUACGGACUACACUGAUUUUUAUAAUUUGGUUGAAUGUUUGUUUAGGAUACUAUGGGCUUACAUUUAACGCCGGUGAUUUGGGAAGUGACCUUUAUCUAAAUUUCUUUUUACAAGCGCUUGUCGAGAUACCGGCACUUAUAAUUUGUAUUCUGAUACUUGACAGAGUAGGGAGGAAACCCGUCUUGGUCGGUAGUAUGUUUCUGGGUGGAACGGGUUGCCUAGCAACGAUAUUUACGUUGAUUUAUUUGCCAGAUAAGCCCGUUGCCACCACGAUAUUUGCGUUGGUAGGUAAAAUGGGACUGGGUGGCGGAUUUACUACACUGUAUGUUUUCUCCGGUGAGCUAUUUCCAACCGUUGUGCGUAAUUCCGGUCUCGGUGCAAGCUCUUGCAUGGCAAGAAUUGGAGGGAUGGUAGCUCCAUACAUUGCCGAAUUAGACAGUUUUGUGGACGGCAGGUAUGGCAAAGCUCUGCCUCAAGUUGUGUUUGCAGUCUUGUCAUUUGCUGCUGGAAUAGCUGCAUUAUUUCUACCGGAAACGUUGAACCGGUUUCUUCCGGAAACGAUCGAACAAGGAAAAGAUUUUGGAAAAGAAGACAACGAUAAGAAAGCAGUGGACAAAACCGAGGUUAUUAAUAUUAAAACAAUAUCAGAGUCUACAGACAUACAACACGGAACACAGUGAUAUAAUUGUUGUCUUGGAGAGGCCAUUAAUUUUGAUAACAUGAUAUCAACUUUAUCAAAAAAUGAAUAACACUAAAGAUUGAAAAUAAAAUAUUUUUAUUUUUUAUUGUUGACAACAUCAUGUGAACAAAAGUGGUUAUACUCUAUAUAGUUAUGUUAAAUGCAUAAAGGUAAGGCAAGAUCUCAAAUGGUAUUAUAUAAAUAUAAUUAAACACUCAUAAAAUAUUGUUAGAUAUUAAUAAUAAACAAACGCUGUUUCCAUAUAUCGUUACUCUUGCAUUGUUUUUAUUAUCUAAUCUAGCAUUUGUUUUUCGUUGGGGUUUUACGUCGCUACACACUUUCCAGCUUGGUG